AUGCCUAACGCCUCUUCGCCGAAGUCGCCGGUCUCCUCAGGGAGGAAGAGACCGCAUCCUUCCACUGAAACGACCCACAUCGACCCCGCUAUCUCGACGACCUCUGACGUCCCCAAGCCAGCCGCGCCUGUCGCUUCUGCCUCGUCAUCUUUCCGCAACGUCUCUGCCUGUAAUCGGUGUCGACUGCGCAAAAAUAGAUGCGAUCAACGACUCCCACGCUGCCAAUCCUGUGAAAAAGCCGGAGUCCGCUGUGUCGGAUACGACCCUAUCACUAAGAGAGAAAUCCCGCGCAGCUACGUAUAUUUCCUCGAGACUCGUGUCGCCCAUCUCGAAAAGCAAUUAGCGCAACAUAACAUUGAGUUCAAAAAAGCAGCCCCGUUCGACGAAGAAGAAGCCAUCAAAAAUGGAACUGAAGGCUAUCUGGCGCAAUGUACAACCAGCGACGGUCAGGUUGGCGACGCGGGUAAAUCAAAGAAUAAUAGCGCAAAAGAUGAUCUAGUUGUGAAAUCAGAGGGAGAGCAAACUCGCGGAGAUGGAGACUCUGCCAGUGAGGAGAAUUGGCGUCUUAAUAAUCUCGUGUCAAAUAUUGGCAUGGUUUCGGUGCAAGGGACGUCCGAUCCUCGAUAUCUUGGGUCAGCAUCUGGCAUUUCAUUCGCAAGAGUCGUCUUUGCUGCAGUCCGGAGCUCGCUCCCCGGAAAUAUGCCCGAGCGGGCCUCUAUUCGCACAGGUGAGCGACUGCCACAGACAGCUGCUGCCGGUCCCGGUGCGGGUUCCAUGCGCGAUUCAUUCUUCGGACUACAGACUAGGCCAAUGAUGAAACGGGCGUCUUUCCCAGACCGAGAGCUUGCUGAAAGGCUUAUUGGUCUUUACUUUGAACACGCGAAUCCUCAAAUGCCGAUUCUUCACCGAGUCGAUUUUAUGGAACUGCUGGACCGCACUUAUCAGAUGCAAGAGAAGUAUCGUUCUCCGCGAGCUCUUUAUAUUCUAAAUAUUGUCUUUGCCAUUGGUGCGGGAAUUAUAUUUGAGGAAAAGCCCGAAACCCUUGAUGUGGACAACGGCGCGAGUCGUGAUCGAGCUUCGUCCACGGCAAAGAGGCCGAGACUGUCUAGUUAUCAAUACCAGCCUGAAGAAUAUCACGCAUCUGCAAUUGUUCACUUGGAAUCGUUCCUCGGCUCCUCAUCGAGCGAGGGCUUUGGGGGGUUGGAAGAACUUCAGGCAGUGCUUUUGCUAGCCAGCUUUGCCCUGCUGCGUCCUGUCGCUCCCGGUCUCUGGUACAUUGUCGGUGUUGCCACGCGCCUGGCUGUCGAUCUUGGACUGCACUACGAAGAUGGUGUAGGCCUUGACACUUCGAAAGACGGCAAUCAAGUCCGAUCGCGCAUCGAUGAUCGCGAACGAGGACGACGAGAAUGGGUGCGUGAUCUACGCCGCCGUCUGUGGUGGUGUGUAUACAGCUUUGACCGACUCGUUGCCACCUGUGUUGGACGGCCCUUUGGCAUAAACGACCAGGCCAUCAGCACUGAAUUCCCGUCCAUGAUUGAUGACAAAUAUAUUACAAAGUCUGGACUAUUGACACCUCCAGAUGGUGCUUCGACCUACAAGCAUGUAGCUUUGCACUACUUUAAGCUACGUCUACUUCAGUCCGAGAUCCACGACGUUCUCCAAUACCAGCAGGCAAGCGCCUCGAGAAGACGAGCACCUAAUAGUACGAUAAUUCUUCCUCAUGCUGAGCUUACAUCGCCUUUCUUGCAAGGCUUUGAUUCUUUCCGUUCAUGGCGCCAUGAUGUGCAUAAUCGUUUGGUAGAAUGGCACGGUGCUGCUCCAACACGGGCAGAUACUGGCGUGCAAUUUUCCAUCGAAUUACUGGAGUUGAACUAUUGGCAAGCUAUUAUUUUGCUAUACCAACAGAGCCUGACUGUACCUGCUGAGUUGGCUGGAGAGUUGACACCGGCUGAUGAUGUAUCCAGCCCGUCCUUUUCAAAUUUUGACGGUGGUGAUGAUGAAGACCAUGUUUAUCAUAAUGUGGCAGAAGCCGGUCAGAAAGUGAUUCGGAUAUAUCGACAGCUCCACCGGGUUCGGCUGGUCAACUACACCUACCUGGCUACACAUCAUAUUUUUAUGGCUGGAAUUUCUUUUCUAUAUGCUAUCUGGCAUUCACCGCUAGUUCGAAGUCAUUUGACUCUUGAUGAGGUUGACUUUACAGUUCUAGCAGCAACCUCUGUUCUGGGGGAUCUUAUGCACAAGUGUCCACCAGCUGAAGCUUGUCGAGAUGCUUUUGAGCGGAUGAGCAAGGCCACGGUCCAAAUGUCUCUGUCAACGACCGGUUUUGGAUCUCAGGUCGACAUGACUCUUGUGAACUCAGGAUCUAGCUCAUCUGGAUCUCUACAACUGGGACGUCGUCCGCCGAUGGAACAGAGACAGCGAGGUCAAGUCCCCUCGCGGCGACCAGCACAAGCCCGUACGGCACGGCCGGUCCCCAAGUUUGACAUGAACUUAGGGGAUCUCUUUAAUGACAAUGCACCAUUUGCCGAUCGCCCCCGUCCAGACAAUAGGCCGGGGGGUCAGCCCUUCUAUCCCGAAUCAGUACAUAGCGGCUAUGCCACAGACCGUCCCAUUCGCUCAUAUCCUCAACACAACCCCCCAGUGGAGUACCUGAAGUAUGAAAAUUCGGAGUCACCACAACCACCGCCACAUUGUUAUUACUCAAACUCUCCACAGCAAAGUGGCUCUCCUGCAAGUAUGGGAAAUGGACCCCAUCCUGCUCCAUAUGCAGACCCAGAAUCCCAGCCAGGUAUGAGUCUUGACUUCCUAGAUUGGGAUGCAGGAACCCAGGCCACGGAGCCACAUCUAAAUGCCGAUCAUAACCUAGAUCAGAAUGUGGGAAUCGACCUAGGAUUUGGCAUGGCGAUGGAUUUCCAGCAUGACUGGAGUGAAAAUCCCAGCUACGAUAUUCUGGAGGGAUAUUUCUUUGGAGGUUCUGGGGCAGGUGCUGCUAGUGAUGUAUAA